UAAAAAGGACAUAAUUUUUGCUGCAAAAACAAACAAAAUCGGUUUGGUUCGUCCUCCUCUCCUCGGAUCAUCGAAUCCCAAAAGGAGACUCGUUUUCCUCCCUCUCUUUCUAUCUCUAUCUUAUAAAACCUUGAAUCGAACAAAGUCAAAUUAGAAAAUUUCUUUGAUUAGCAAUACAGAGAUUUUGGAUUGAAAACUGCACUGAGACUUUGGUUUUUGGGGUUCACCCACCAUUUAUUACCAGUUUCUUUGUUGAUUAUAACGAAGAAUCAUGCAAUGAUCGAUCGUUCUUUUCUGUGUUGUUGAGAUAGAAGAAGAAGAAGAAAAUUUUCUGGGAUUUUCAUUUCAUUUCACUUGUAUCUAAUUUACUGGGUUCUAAAUUAUUCAAUGGAGGAUAGUAUGGGCGGAAUUAAUUACUGGAGGAAAUAUUUCCAGAGCGCUAAUACUGAUAUAUUUGAUGUAAUUGAAAAUGCGAUUGUUGUUGCUGCUUCUGAUUGCCCUAAAGAGUUUAGAAAUCGAACAGAUCGAAUUGCUGAGAAGCUAUUUACAUGUCGACUGAGUCGAUGUUUGGGUUGUGAUCAUGUUGAAUUGAAAGUACCAAUUAACCAAGGAGAUGAUGAUGGAAUGAAGAGUAAGAAUUCUAAUGAAAGUGGUGUUGAUUUUGAGAGAGAGAAAGAGAGUAAGGUGCAUAGUAGUACUGAUGAUCAUCUAGGUGGAAUGAAUUUGAACCCAGGGAGUAAUUAUAGUUAUGAUGAAGCCGAAGCUUUGACUGAAGAGAUUGAAAAUGAGACUCAAACUGUUGGUGAAGUAUUGAGAAUUAAAGGAAUUCUUGCUAAUUCUGAAAAUGAGUCAGAUGGAGUGUUGUUUGAAUCACUAAGGAGGCUUCAAUUGAUGCAACUCUCCGUAGAUACAUUGAAGGCAACAGAAAUUGGAAAGGCUGUUAAUGGUCUCCGGAAGCACAAAUCGAAGCAACUCCGACAUCUUGCCCGGACUCUCAUCGAAGGGUGGAAGAUUUUGGUAGAUGAAUGGGUUUGUACUGCAGCUGCAUUUAAAGGCAUGGAAAGCUCACCAGAUUCUGUGAAACCAUCCGACACUGGCGAAGAAGGAGGCCUUGCAUCACCUCCUUUAGAUUUUGCAGCUUUGGCGGAUUAUGGAACUCUUUUAGCACCUGAUUCUUCAAUUCAGCUCUCUGAUAAGUUCUUUGAUGAAGUGGAUGAAUGUGGAAAUCCUCGAAAUAGUGGUGAAUUUAACAACAAUCAUGACCGUCGAAGGGGGCCUGUGUCUCGUGUUGUUCCUACGAGGAAGCCACAACUCCCUGAUCAUAAAUCUAAUUUGACUGCAAGUGAGAACAGAUUCCCGCCACUGAGGAAGGAAGAAACCAUGUCUGAACUUUCUAAGACUCCAAAUGUCAGUUCAGGGCGACCAAGAAUUCCAAAACCAUCACCAGAGCAGAAAGCAAACACUGUAAUGAAGCUCCGGCAGAAUGUGGACACUGUUGGCAACCAAAGACGGCCUUCUCCAUUUUCUGGUCAACAGGGUAAACCCGAGUGUCCGGAUGAUCCGUUAUUGGAAGCUGCUAAAAGGAGGCUACAUGAAAAUUACCAACUAGCGGACAAUGUAAAGAGGCAACGGACAAUACAAGUCAUGGAGUUGCACGAUAUUCCUAAACAAGGUCUUGGUCACAAAAACCCACACGGAAGACAUGGAGGAAACAACAGGAAGUGGUCGAAUGGACGGCGUUAAUUUCCCAGCAAGGAAUUAAGCUAAUAAUUUUUGUUUUUCUUCCAUUCUUGGAAAUAAAAAAAACCUUUAAUGGAAGAACUACAAUAAUGAGUCUUGCUUAAUGGGAACCUUACUCGGUUGAGUUUUCACUAUGAUUUUUGCGAUUAUAACUUAUAUGAUUCAACAAAACUGACGAAGGGUCCAUCAUUUUGAACAGCAUGGUUGGAUACAGAUUUAGCAGGUUCAAGUUCAACAACAUUUUACAUGUAGGUAUAGGUGAAAACAUAAAAUACAGUUAGGAGAAGGCACUUUCCAUCAUCAUAUCAUACAUAGGUUUAUAAAUCGGGAUGAAAAAUUCUUCCUUGGUUUUUAAUGAGAUCAUAUCUGUAGAGAGAAACCCUUGAAUUAUGCACUAAAAUCGUGCCAUUAUUUAGCUGCAAAGAACAGUCUUUUUUUUUCUUCUGUUGUUCUUGUUUGGUUCCUCCGUCAGAAGAUGAUCACAAUAGUUACCAAAUUUAUACAUCAUACCUUUGUCUUA